GAGAGAGAGAGGAAUCAAAAUCAUUAAAGGCAUUUUGACUUUGGAUUUGUUUUCUCCAUAUGCUUCACUUAUAAAUACUCAAAAUCUCAGAAAUUCAUGCAAAGUUGGAACAGUAAAUAACAAUGGCUCUAGAGCUCAACUCCCUCCUCUCAUGGCUCUUCUUCUGCAUUGCUGCAACUAUCUCCAGUUCUCUUUUCUUCUUCCGCAAGAAAACCCAUCACCACGCAUCCUCAAAGAAGCCGAAAACCCUCCCUCCUGGCCAGAUGGGUCUCCCCUGGAUCGGCGAAACCAUGGAGUUCUACAAAGCACAGAAGAGCAACAAGCUGUUCGAGGAUUUCGUCCAACCCCGGAUUAGAAAACACGGCGACAUCUUCAAGACAAGGAUCAUGGGUUCACCAACCAUUGUAGUGAACGGAGCCGAAGCCAAUAGGCUUAUACUCUCCAACGAGUUCAAGCUAGUGGUCAGCUCCUGGCCGUCCUCUUCGGUCCAGCUCAUGGGCAAGGACUGCAUCAUGGCUAAACAAGGCGAGAAGCACCGGUUCCUUCGUGGGGUCAUAGCCACUAGCCUUAGCUAUCACGGGCUGGAGCCAUUAGUGCCUAGACUGUGCAAGACAGUUCGGUUGCACCUUGAAACUCAGUGGCAGGCCAAGGAAGAGAUCAGCCUCUACCGUUCAGCAAAAGUCUUGACCUUUACUGUAGUCUUCGAAUGUUUGUUCGGGAUUAAGGUAGAGCUGGGGAUGCUGGAGACAUUUGAGAGGGUUUUGGAAGGAGUUUUCGCUGUGCCGGUACAGUUGCCAUGUUCUAGUUUUGCAAGGGCAAAGAGGGCGAGGCAAGAGAUAGAGAGAAUACUCAAGAGGAAGGUGAGAGAGAAGAGAAUGGAAAUGGAGGAGAAAGUGUUGUCUGGAGAUCAAGUUAAGGAAGGGAUGCUUUUCUCGAGCCUAGUAGAAGGUUUGAUCAAAGGAGAGAUAAGCGAAGAAGAGGUAGUAGACAAUAUGGUAUUGAUAGUGUUUGCAGCUCACGACACAACCUCUUUCGCCACUGCAAUGAUUUUCAGGAUGUUGGCUCAUCACCCGAGUUGCCAUGACUUCCUCCUUCAAGAACAUGUUCGAAUAAAAGACAACAAAAGAGAGGGAGAACAUCUUACAAUGGAAGAUGUGAAGAAGAUGAAGUAUAGCUGGCAAGUUGCGCGUGAAACCAUGCGCUUAUUCCCUCCGAUCUUCGGUUCCUUCAGAAAAGCAGUUGCUGACAUCGACUAUGGAGGAUUCACCAUCCCCAGAGGAUGGAAGGUUCUUUGGACAACAUAUGGAACUCAUUAUAAUCCUGAAAAUUUUCAAGACCCGAUGAGCUUUGAUCCGACCAGGUUCGAUGAGACCGUACAGCCAUACACGUUUCUUCCAUUUGGAGGAGGGCCAAGGCUCUGUGCAGGCCACCAACUAGCCAAAAUGAACAUUCUCAUCAUUUUGCAUUAUGUUGUGACCCGUUACGAUUGGUCUUUGGUAUACCCGGAUGAGCAAAUUAGCAUGGAUCCCCUCCCAUUUCCAUCCCUUGGGAUGCCAAUCAGAAUUUCUCCUAAACAGUCGUAGAACAGUUUAUGUAUG